GUGUUUAAAACCAACAUAAAUUUGUUCGUUCCCCGUGGACAGUUUGAUUCAUCAUUUGCCAUUUCUCUCUCUAAAACUCCUCAACUCUACCAAAUACUAAACAAAAACUGUGUGUCUUUUCAUUAAUUAUCGUUAUGGAUCAUCGCACGUUGGAAAUUAACUCUAUAUAUGGUAAAGAUCUCAACAAGGUGAACCUCAUAACGAAGAUGGGCGUGUACGUGGUGGUUUCACUCUCAGGUGGGGACAAAAAAUCAAAGCAGACGACGAAGACGCCGGUGGACAGAGACGGCGACACCCACCCCGCAUGGAAUUCUCCUAUAAAAUUCACGGUGGAAGAGGCGGCGCUCCGGAAGAAUCUUCUGACUCUUGAUUUCAUGCUUGUUUGUGAACGUGCGUUAGGCGAUAAAGAUAUUGGCGAAGUCCAUGUCCCCAUUAACGACCUUCUUGAAUCUCUGGACCCCGCCGGUAACUGUGGAAAGCAGCAGCAAUUUGUGAGUUACCAAGUGAGGAAACCUAAUGGUCAACCUAAAGGUCAAAUAACUUUUUCAUAUAAGUUUACCGGUGCAGUGGCGGCUCCACCAGCACCUGUUUCUGGCGCCCCUAAACUUGACGAGGAACCUUUUAUAGCAUAUCCGGCUGUGGGUCCCAGCUUUGCGUAUCCUCCUCCACCCCCAGGAGGAGUAUAUCCUCCUUAUCCGUUUGACCAGGCUAUAGAGCAUUACCCACCAGGGUACGAGUACCCACCACCACCGUCUUAUGGUGGGUACCCACCUCCACAACCACCGCCGGGAUACGGAUAUCCACCUGAAGCUGGGAUCGAAUGGAGUAGAGACAACCGGAGAUCAGGUGAACAUUUUGGUAUCGAAUACAGGUGCAAUAGUUUCAACUGGGGUUAAUAACUAACUAUGGCACAGGUGCUGUCAUUAGGGACCAUAAUAUUAUCCUUCUGUCGAGAUGUUGCCGCAGCUAUCCGGGACGGGUUGGUUCUUGGCUGAAUAGCCGAGUUGCAAGUUUAUGAAAGAUUAAUGGCUCCAAAGGCAGUCAUUUUGUCAACAAGAUUUUGUACAAAUAUCUUUAUCCUUUUGAUAUUGUAGUUUUGUUUAGGGACGUGGGCUGUCUAUUUCAAGUAUAAUAUCAAGCAAAUUGUUCAAUGAAACUAUUGCGUUGCGUUA